CUCAAGCACCGCAUCGUGCAAGUAAGUCUACCAGGCUCACCAAAACAUGACGGUGUAUUCAUCUAACAUGUAUGGCAGGCACCCACGACUCGCAUGAGAAGCGAGUUCGAGUCUCGCGGCGUUCAUGUUCCAGGCGCCCGUGUAGCAAAGUACUACGGCGAGCGAGCCAGCGCCGGCGGCCUCCAAAUCACCGAGGCCACCGAUAUCUGCCUCAACGCCAGCGCCUACCCCGGCGUUGCGGGCGUCUUCACCGAAUCUCAGCUACAAGGCUGGCGCAAGGUGACUGAUGCCGUCCAUGCCAAGGGCGGCUUCAUCUUUGUCCAGCUCUGGCACACUGGUAGAGCCUCUUCUGCUGGAAUGCGCGGGGGCGAGACGCCCAUCUCUUCUGGAACCCAGCCUAUGGAUGGAAACUACCUUGAUGGAACUGCAUGCAAGGAUGGUCCUCCUAGACCCAUGACUGUAGAGGAGAUUCAUGGGCUUACUGCAGAGUGGGCUGCGGCUUCCAAGCGCGCGGUUGAGGUUGCUGGGUUUGAUGGCGUUGAGAUUCAUGGGGCUAAUGGCUACCUCCUUGAGCAAUUUCUCCACGACAACAUCAACACUCGCACAGAUGAGUACGGUGGAUCGAUAGAGAACCGCUCAAAAUUCCUCUUCGAAGUCUUGACGGCCGUCAGUACCGCCAUUGGCCCCGAAAAAGUCGGUGUUCGUCUUUCACCUUACAACUACUUCCAAGGCACAAGGGAUAGCGAUCCCAACAAGCACUGGUCAUUCAUCAGCCAAAAGAUUGCAGAGAUGCCAGAGACACAGAGGCCUGCUUAUGUACACAUGAUCGAGCCUCGCUUUGACGAAGUCCUUGAUGAGGAGCAAAAGCUCGCGUCUCUGUCUGGGACAAAGUCUGAGGCGACACAGACAAACAACUUGACACAGUUCAGGGACAUCCUCAAGCCGGCUGCUGUUCACUUCUUUGCCGCUGGAAACUUCAACCGCGACAAUGCCGUCACGAAGUUGAAGAGCGGCGAGACAGAUGCGGUGGUAUUUGGCAGAUAUUUCAUCGCCAACCCUGAUCUUGUGGAGCGUUUGAAGAACGGGUGGGAAUUGAACCCGUACGACAGGACUACUUUCUACGGGGCGGAGCCUCCGGAAAAGGGAUACAAUGACUAUGAGUUUUACAAGGUUGAAAAUGCGGAGGUUACAGCGAGUUUUUAGACAUAUUGAAGCCUGAUCAGCGAUACUAGAGACUGGUGUCUGCACUGUGGCAUCGCCAUAAAUAAGAAAUACCAAGAUUUGGGGAAAAGAGGAGAGGCUCAAAGAAUAAUCCAAACUAAUUUGUUGAAACAAGGAAGCAGUCGAUAUCCAAGCCACCUUUUUCUUUUGAUUUUAUUGUUCCUUUCCAAAUGAUUCUCUUAACACUUCAGGUAGUUUUGGAAGGACACUCGCUACCGCAAUACUUUUCUGGGAGAGGGCAGUUGUUUUCACCAAUAGCGAGAACUUUAAACGAGUGAAGACCCAUCAAAAUGUCUACAAUGCAAUU